AUGCACUAUCAAAAAUCUGAACAAAAACACCAAAACACGAAAAAGCAAAGGGAAAAAAGACAACCAGACCUGUCGUUCUCCGCUAGCACGCGGAGUUGGAACACAAAGAACCAUGAUCGACUGAUCUUCCACAACUUCAACCUUUCUUACCGCUACUUCCUUAUUUUGGGAUCUUCUGCAGUAUCGUUUUGUUUUAGUCAUUGA